GCCGGCGGGGACUAGUUUGUUUUGUAUUAUUUUGUAGUUUAUUGUCAAAAUAUACACUCCCAUUGUCCACUUAAAUAUUUCCAAGAUAUUUCUUUAUUCUUAGACAACGGAUUCCCUUCCGUGAUUGGUCAUUUCUAUGGACACAGAAAUGACGUCACCUAAAAUUCCGUUUACGGCACAUAGUAAUGUCGUAAUUCAGCUCUGAGUGUGACACUUAAGAUUCAGUCCUACACUUCGCUGAAAGUGUGAGUAAGACGCUUGAUAACUAAAUUUUAAGUGCAGCUUUCAGCGAAGAAUUUAUUUACUCUUAAGUCAACUCUUAGCAGACUUCUUAGGAGUAAUUCUAAGAAGCUUGAUAAGUACGGCCCCAGUUGCCCGGAUGUCGGCCCUCACCCAUUGGGCACAGAACAGUACCCAAUAAAAAAACACAAUACGUCAAUUAGUGUUCAAUAUGAAUGAGUGGUGUAUUUUGAUUGUUUUAACUUAAGUGAGGAUACUAAGAUAGCUAAUUCCUCUUCUAUUUACAAGUGCUAAUCUUACCUUGGACGUUACUCGCUCUGCAUGUUAACUUUCUGACGUAGAACAAAAUACUUUCUAAAAAAAAUAAAAAAAUGUACAUCUAUAAUUUGAUUUUUAAAAAAGAAGAAAAAAAAUAACCGCUAGAGCAAAUGUUCCACGUUCUUUUAUCCGGAUGCUAAGCUAACUAGUUGCUAGCUGUCACUUUAGCUUCUAUCUCCAUUUGCAGGCCGCGUUAUUUUUAGCGGGAAUGCAAAUAUGUGCCCACUUUGGUGAGGAUACUAAGAUAGCUAAUUCCUCUUCUAUUUACAAGUGCUAAUCUUACCUUGGACGUUACUCGCUCUGCAUGUUAACUUUCUGACGUAGAACAAAAUACUUUCUAAAAAAAAUAAAAAAAAUGUACAUCUAUCUACAUCUAAGUGAGGAUACUAAGAUAGCUAAUUCCUCUUCUAUUUACAAGUGCUAAUCUUACCUUGGACGUUACUCGCUCUGCAUGUUAACUUUCUGACGUAGAACAAAAUACUUUCUAAAAAAAAUAAAAAAAUGUACAUCUAUAAUUGAAUGUUUAAAAAAGAAGAAAAAAAUAACCGCUAGAGCAAAUGUUCGACGUUCUUUUAUCCGGAUGCUAAGCUAACUAGUUGCUAGCUGUCACUUUAGCUUCUAUCUCCAUUUGCAGGCCGCGUUAUUUUUAGCGGGAAUGCAAAUAUGUGCCCACUUUGGUGAGGCCGUGAAAUGGUUCUUGUCCACAAGUCACACCGACACUCCCUCCUCGCAGACUCCCACACACGCAAACACGCGGCGGUGCUUUGCGAGCCUCCAAGCCCCGCCUCCAGCUCGCCUGGUCGGACUGCGUGGCUCCGCGGCUCCCGGUCAUGCUGCUGGAGCUCCAUCGCUCAGCAGGUCUGGAGUCCACCUCUUCCACGCUGGAGCCGCCACAAGGAGCUUCUUUCAUUCACCUCGCCGCCUUUUAGCCUCACCUAGUUGGAUGUUUACGCGAGGGGGGGGGGGGGACUCUCGUUAUGACUGUACAGCGUCCAUCAACACUUCUCCUAUAGAGCGGGAAUAGGAGGACUUUCUUCCGGGCGACGUUGAACUUUCUUUGGGACUCGGCUAUGUGGCUCCUUUGGCCCAGCCUGUGUGCGAGCGGUCUGGCUUCCCGUUGGCGGACUUGCGAUACGCUUCUGUUGGGUUUCUUUCCAGGAGGAUGGACAAUGGAGGCGGACAGAAGACUUCAUUAUUCGGGCUUUAAUUAGCACUAAGGAUUGUUCUAGAACGCAUCGCAUUCUCAUACAAGUUUCGCCUUUUUUUAACACUGACAUUUCUUUAAAAGUUGUCUAACAAACAUUUUUUUUUAGGCCUGAAUGUGACUUUUUGACGGUUUCCUGAUGAGGUGUGUAAUUGUUGGUUACAGUUGACGGGUGACUUGAAAAAUUUCUCUUUUUUUUUUUAACUCUUUUAAAAAAAAAAAAAUUUUAGGCCUGAAUGUGACUUUUUGACGGUUUCCUGAUGAGGUGUGUAAUUGUUGGUUACAGUGGAAGAGUGAUUUAGCAGAACCUGAUAUCAGCCUGCUUUUAAAAGGAAUUUUGGGAUUUGUUACUCUUUUUAAAAAAAAAAUUAAAAAAAUUUAAGUCUUAAAAAAAAGAAGAUUUUUUUAGGCCUGAAUGUGACUUUUUGACGGUUUCCUGAUGAGGUGUGUAAUUGUUGGUUACAGUUAACAAGUGGUUUUAAAUGCGAUUUUGGGACUUUUAACUUUUUUUAAAUCUUUUUUUUAACUCUUUUUUUGUUGUUUUUUUAAAUCAUGUUUUUAGGCCUGAAUGUGACUUGUUGACGGUUUCCUGAUGAGGUGUGUAAUUGUUGGUUACAGUUAACAAGUGGUUUUAAAUGCAAUUUUGGGACUUUUAACUUUUUUUAAAUCUUUUUUUUUUUAACUCUUUUUAUGUUGUUUUUUUAAAUCAUUUUUUUAGGCCUGAAUGUGACUUGUUGAUGGUUUCCUGAUGAGGUGUGUAAUUGUUGGUUACAGUGGAAGAGUGGUUUAGCAGAACCUGAUAUCAGCCUACUUUUAAAAGUGAUUUUGGGACUUUUAACUCUUUAAAAAAAAAAUUUUUUAACUCUUUUUAAAAAAAAUUUUUUUUUUAGGCCUGAAUGUGACAUUUUGACGGUUUCCUGAUGAGGUGUGUAAUUGUUGGUUACAGUUGACGAGUGGUUUUAAAUGCGAUUUUGGGACUUUUAACUUUUUUAAAAAUCUUUUUUUUUAAACUUUUGUUGUUUUUUUAACUCUUUUUUUUUUUUAAACAUUUUUUUAGGCCUGGAUGUGACUUUUUGAUGGUUUCCUUAUGAGGUGUGUAAUAGUUGGUUACAGUGGAAGAGUGGUUUAGCAGAACCUGAUAUCAGCCUACUUUUAAAAGCGAUUUUGGGACUUUUAACUCUUUAAAAAAAAAAAAAAAUUUAGGCCUAAAUGUGACUUUUUGACUGUUUCCUGGUGAGGUGUGUAAUUGUUGGUUACAGUUAGCAGAGUCUGAUAUCAGCCUGCUUUUAAAUGCGAUUUUGGGACUUUUAACUAUCCACGCUUGGCUUUAGUUACAAAGUCUCCUCCAGGAGUUUCUUCCCCACAGUCGGACUACCAUCCUUCCCUCCGUGGACAAUGUGGCUGUCUCGCCUGGCCUUGCUGCUUCUCCUCCGGCUGUCCGUGGCCUUGGUGAAGGGCAUCAACACGUGUCAGUUCAUCAACUUGGACGAGCAGAAGUCGCGGCGCAUCGAGGCGGUGCGCGGACAGAUCCUGAGCAAGCUGCGCAUCCAGAGCCCCCCGGACGACGACGACGACGACGAGGCGGCGGCGGUGAGCGGCGCGGUGGCCCCGGAGGUCAUGCUGCUCUACAACAGCACACGGGAGCUGCUGAAGGAGCGCGCCAGCUUCGGGGAGUCGCAGGCGUGCGAGCGAGAAAGCAGCGAGGAGGAAUACUACGCCAAGGAGGUGCAGAGGAUCGACAUGCUGCCACCCACACAAACUAACGCAGUGCAGCUGCUGCCACUCAACCCGUAUUACAGAAGCGUCCCGUUUGACGUCAGCAGCGUGGAUUUGACCAACAGCACCCUGGUCAAGGCUGAGUUCAGGAUCUUCCGGGCCCCUAACCCGCAGGCCCGCGCCUCUGAGCAGAGAGUGGAGAUCUAUCAGCUGCUGAAGCCGGACGAGCAGAGCACAUCCACUCAGCGUUACAUAGACUCUCGCACCGUCCAGCUGCGUGCCAGGGGGUCCUGGCUCUCUGUGGACGUCACGGACACGGUCAAGGACUGGGUGUCAGAGCCAGAGAACAAUCUGGGUUUGAAGCUGGGCGUCCACUGUCCCUGCUGCACCUUUGUACCCUCCACCAACAACAUCGUGCCCAACAAGAGCGAAGAACUGGAGGCUCUCUUUGCAGGCGUGGACAACGAGCAGCUUCGCCAGAUCAAAAACCAAAGCCAGGUCAAAGGUCAGGGGGAUUUCAGCACCAAGACGCCUCACCUCAUCCUCACCCUGCUGCCCAGCGACAGAGUGGACAAGCCGACCAAGAGAAACCGCAAGAAAAGGGCGGCGGCGGCCACCGACGCCGCCACCUGCUCCCGCGGCUCCGAGUCGGGCUGCUGCCUGCGCUCGCUCUACAUCGACUUCAGACGGGACCUCAACUGGAAGUGGAUCCACGAGCCCAAAGGUUACAAGGCCAACUUCUGUGCGGGCAACUGUCCUUACCUGUGGAGCGCCAACAACCACUACAACAUGAUUCUGCCGCUGUACAACAAACUCAACCCGGAAGCCUCGGCCUCGCCUUGCUGCGUCCCCCAGGACCUGGAGCCCCUCACCAUCAUGUACUUCAUCGGCCGCUCGCCCCGCGUGGAGCAGCUCUCCAACAUGGUGGUGAAAACCUGCAAGUGUCGCUGACGGGGACCAUCCCCCGCAUCAACUUCCUGUAAAUACAUCUGCUCUCGCCCGUGCCGUUUUGCCCCGGACCUUGGCGAGAUGAAGAAAGAGGAGCCGUGUCCCAGCCCGGGUCCUCCCUGGCUGCCAGCGCCCUGUGGUCCCCCAAGUCUGCCCGCCCGGCGUAAACAGGAUGUGAACGCUUUCCACACAGCUUCCAUUUUAAGACCUGGCCCCGCCUCCUUCUGGCGUUUGUGGCGGGAGGACAGACGUGGGCGGGGCGAUAUUUGUCGUCCUCCUUUUUAUGUUUUUUUUUAUUCAUUAUUCUCUAAAAGUGUCCACUCGUCAUUUUUCCUCGCUUCUGGCCAAUGUUGGCGAGAAAGUGGAAAUAAAAGAAAAACAUCCACAGGCUUCA